GCUGCUCCCAACUCAAACGCCAGCAUCGCGUUGACGUUCGAGACGUGUCUCCUGUAAAUGCGACGAGAUGGACAUUAGUUAUAAUAUUAAUAACCGCCGCUUUUCCGCUGGUUUAGUUCUGCAGAGAGGGGUUUCCGUUCGGUAAAUCCGUGUUUUAUUUUGGUAACGAAGCGUCUCGUGGCGUCAGACCGUUCAGCUGCGGUGAAAAUGGAUUGAUCCACUACACUUGAAGGGGGAUAGUCAUGGAGUGAGGUGCGGGGCUAGCCAUGGAGGGAGAUAGAGGACUUUGUUACUGUUUUGUCAUGAUAGACACCUUACCGUAAAAUGAUUUGAUCUUAUUACGAAUUCACCGUUCAAAGGCAAUCCACGCAUGUAAAUCCGAGGAAAGUGCGCUGGUGCUGCUGCGCACACGCCCUGAAAAUGUCAGCUGUCCUGCUCAGACUGCAGAUCCCCUCCUGGUUGUCAUUACAUCGAUCCCAUUCAGCUCUGAAGCAGAUAUUUGACUUCCUGUAGCUUCCAUUAAAUUAUAGUUAAAACACUAAUGCUGUUAUUUAUUUGAUUAUUAGUCCAAUACACUUAGUAUAAAAUAGCUUAUGAGCACAGGUAUCCCAUUAAAGUGCCCCCCUGAAAGGCUAGAUUAAACUUUGUUUCCUGAGGCGCAGUGUUUUCAGCAGGAGGUCCUUCCUGAGUUGUAUGGGAGCCAGCUGUGGUCAUAACUGGACUGUUGUAGGUCAGCAAUGGGGGGUUCAGUGUCCUGCUGCAUCUCUCCUGGAGAGAGUCCAAAGAUCCUCAGGAGACACGUGGAUCUGGAUGAGUGUCCUAUCACUACCACUGAGGACGUGAGCGAAGACACCGGGACCUAUCUGCAGCACAUAAGUGACAGGGAGCUCCCAGAUGAGUUGGCCCAAGAGGCAAACCCGUCGGACCAUCCGAGAGCCAGCACGCUCUUCCUCAACAAGUCACAAACCGAUGUGAGGGAGAAACGGAAAAGCAACUACCUGAACCAUUCAUCUCCGGGACUUCUUACCAAAAAGUUCAGUUCUUGUUCAACAAUCUUCAUAGACGAUAGCACAGUCAGCCAACCCAACCUCAAGAGCACCAUCAAAUGUGUCUCAUUGGCUAUCUACUAUCACAUCAAAAACAGAGAUUCAAACCACUCGCUGGACAUAUUUGACGAGAAGAAGCACCCUUUGUCGAGAGAAAAAGUUCCAGAUGAUUACUCUGUGGUCGACCCAGAACACAAGCUCAUCUACCGCUUCAUUAGAACGCUCUUCAGCUCGGCACAGCUCACCGCUGAGUGUGCCAUCGUCACUUUGGUGUACCUGGAACGACUUCUAACGUAUGCUGAGAUCGACAUUUGUCCAUGCAACUGGAAGCGCAUCGUACUCGGUGCCAUCCUGCUGGCCUCCAAAGUCUGGGAUGACCAGGCCGUUUGGAACGUCGACUAUUGCCAGAUCCUCAAAGAUAUGACUGUAGAAGACAUGAAUGAGAUGGAACGCCACUUCCUGGAGCUGCUCCAGUUCAACAUCAAUGUCCCGGCCAGUGUCUACGCCAAGUAUUACUUUGACCUGCGUUCGCUGGCAGAUGACAACAACCUCAGUUUCCCUCUAGAGCCGCUCAGCAACAAGCGAGCUCAAAAACUGGAGGCCAUCUCCAGGCUUUGCGAGGACAAGUACAAGGACCUGAGCAGAUCUGCCAUGAGGAAGUCCGUCAGCGCGGACAACCUGAUCGGCAUCAGAAACUCCCAGGCUGUCCUCUCCUAAGACAUCCGAUUGAGAUGCUUGUUCAGACUUCAUUUUUUUCAGUAGAUAAAUAUCUGUGACCGAAUAAAUGUCAAAUCUAGGUGGUACAAAGAUACCAGAAGCUAAACAUACAACACUGUACCACGAUGAAUUAAGUCUGUUUGUUUAGAAGGUAAAGCAUGAUUAUCCGCUGAUAGACUUUGGAGGAAAACAGCACCAGAAUGCUUCCUGAAGCUGCACAAUUCAUCGCUGUUUUCUUCACUUACGUUUCACCUUUUGAUUUUUAACAUCAGUCAGUCUUUUGGGGAGCAGUAUUUGCCAGCGGCAUUGACCCGGUCUUGAACUACCCUGUGGUGUAGUUCUGCUCAUGGACAACAAGACGUGUUCUGCUUACUGUGUAGGCUCUUAUAGCUGUGAACUGUAUGAGACUUUAUUUAAAUUCAAAUAAAUUUCACUCACUGUUUCAAGUUGAGGUGCUUAGAUGGAAA